AUGAAAUCGAAGAAGGAAAAACCAUUCUUGAAUCAGCCACUGAUGCCCUUGCUUUCAUUGAUCUUUGGCAAAAAUCAUAGUGGAUUUGUAAGAGGGGUUGUCACUGGAGUCAUUCUAACUAGAUAUUGGGAUAUGCCUCGAUCCAAAUCCUCAUCAAAAGAAACAAUUUAUGUCCUUCAGCAAAAGCUACAAGAGCAAAUAUAUACAGAUAAAGAUCUGAGGUGCCAAGUUGAGUAUCUGAUGAGUUUGGCAGUUCCUUCUAUCGUUAAUCUUGCAGACUCUCCAAUACUAACACUCCACCUCCAACAAAGGCUCCUAAAGAAAAAAAAAGGAAAAACAAUUAUGUGGGUGAAUCGACAUCUCAAAUACCCUCAGGUGGAACACCAUGAAAGUUUGAAUGAGGGUGAAGAAACUGUUACAGCUACGUGUCAGGAGCCACAAAUUAGGAAUUCAACUGGAAAAGGAAUAGCAACACCUCAACCCAAGACACUACAACAACUGAACAAAACGAUAAAAUGUCCACUGUCAGUGGGUCAACGUAGCAACAUUGUUGCAAAGGAUUUGGUCACGUAUUCUACCCAUGAAAACCAGAAAAUACAUGGAAAGCCAAUGACGGCUGAUUACUAUAGAGUUUAUAUGGAUGAAGCAAUAAAGCCAUCCACAUGUGUACCAAAGUGA